AUGGCCUGCCAGAGCUGCCGCUACCAAGCCCGGCUCCUAGCCCGGAGUCUUCGAGCUACCGCAGAACUUUCAAGUGCAUCUUCGACCCAGAACGUCCUCGCCCGCCGUGCGAUAGCCUCUUCUGCCCCGGCAACCCAAACUACGAGACCGACAGCGGCGAGCGGAGCGAGAUAUUUUAGCCAAUCUGUGCCCAGGAAAGAUGUUAAAGGCGCAAGCUUCAAGCAGGCGAUCCGCGCGGGUAUGCUCGCCGCGGCACCCAAGACGAUGGCGGCUUCGCUGACGACGAACCGUCUCGAGGCGUUGUACGGUGCCUGCGCCAAGCCUGCCCUGUACAAGAUUUCCGAGCAAGACCGCCACAACGAGACGGUGAGGAUGACGGAUGACGGCGAGGAAGUCGGCGAGGCUCAGGGUCCCUGGCUCGAAGCCCUCGACCUCCAGCCUUCAUUCUCCUCCUGGUCCCAGACCACGAUGCUGCACAUGUACAUCGUCCUAGCCCGCCUCCGCUGCCUCGACCGCGACGCAGCCCAAGCCCUGCAGCACCAGUUCAUCGACCAGUUCUUCUUCGACUGCGAGCGCAUGAUGCACCUUAACCACGGCAUGACGUCGUCCGCGCUGCGCCAGCGCUACCUCAAGGAGAUAUUCGUGCAGUGGCGCGGCCUCAUCGCCGCCUACGACGAGGGCAUCGUCAAGGACGACCGCGUCCUCGGCGCCGCCGUCUGGCGCAACCUAUUCAAGUCCCGCGAGGACGCCGACAUGCGCCAGGUCGCCGCCGUCGUCGCGUGGAUCCGCGCCAGCCUGCGCGACCUCGAGGCCGGCGCCGUGGAGGACCUGCUCGUGGACCCGCGGACGGUGUUCAGACGGGACCUGAAGGACAUGUUCAAGCUCGUGGACGCGUUUGCGCCGGAGCUGCAGGGGGAGUUUGGGACGCUGGGCGCGAAGGGGGAGGGGCUGCCGCCGCCUGAGCCGGUUGCGGAGAGGCAGGGCGCCGUGUACGAGGAGGUUGAGUCAUUAAAGGAGGCUGCUGCCAAGGUUUUGUAA